AUGGAUGAAAAAUACAAGUCAUUAAAAACUAAACAUGUGUAUUAUCCUGUAGAUUUGCUCAAGGAAGCUUUUAAGAAGUUAUAUUUUGACUAUGAAACUGUAAAAAAUGAUUUGAGUUCAAAAUUGGAAGAGUUUUCCAAACUCCACGAGGAAAAUUCACAACUUAAACAAAAUUAUGAUUUAUUACUCAAUGAAAUUAAUCAAAACACGAGAUUGAAGGGAGUACAAUCAUGGACAAAUGCAUUAACAUUAAUAAAGGGUUCUACCCAUGAUACUGAUUCUCAAAAGUAUAUUGAUGAAAUUAACUCACUCAAGUCUAAAUUGGAAACAUCAGUUAAACAUACAGAUGAAUUGGAAGUGGUGAAUGCAGAGUUAGAAAGAGAUUUGGAAGAUGUAAAAGCUAAACAUAAUGUAGUAGUAUCAGAGUUAAAGGACAGGUUAUUGGGGCUUGAAGGAAUACUUAAGGAUUUACAAGAACAGUUAAAUAAAAAUGAAAAUAAGCUAAUACAAUAUUCCAAUGACAUUAAACUACUCAACAAUGAACUAGAUAAUAAGAAUAACCAAAUUUUCCAACUGAACCAAUUUCAUUCCAGCUAUAUAGUAGUUGAUUGUGUAAUAUAUGGCCAUAGAAUUGAGAAUGAAAAAAAUGAGUAUGAAAAGGAUAAAAUCGAGUGGAAUAAGAAAUUAAAUGAAAAAUUCAAGUUCGACUUGAGGAGAAACCAUUACAUUAAUCUCAAUAAUUCUUAUCAAAAUCCAAAUCUAUCUGAAGUGUAUGGAGAUCGCAUGAGUAUAAACGAGUUAAUGACAAUAAUAAUGGAAUCAUUGAAUGAGUUGUUCAAGUGUUGGAAUAGCUGUAUAAAGUUUGUACAAUGCACUAAAAUCAAUAAUGAAGAAUCGGAUUCGGAAGUUGCCAACGAUUACACAUUUAUCACAUUGUUUACUAACGACGUACAUAUACUAAGAAAUAUCGAUACGAUAACACAAAAGAUAACUGGAAUAUUAAUGAGAUUAUGUAAUGGGUUGGAGCUUUUAAUUGAUGGAACUGAGAAAUCCAAUUUUACAUCAUUCCUACAAGACUUGAAAGAAUUAUUCAAGUAUCAGAGAAUAUAUUUUUGUACUGAAAAUUAUUUAAUACAAUAUUCCAAUUCUGAAGUGGAUAAUCCAAGCACAGCUAAUCCUGGCACAGUUAAUCCAAAUGUUAAUUCCAACACAGUUAAUGAUAUAAAUUUAAUAAAAGUGUUUGGUUCAUUUUCUAAAAUUUUAACAAAAUUAUACAAAAGUUUUCAUUCAAUACUAUAUUUGUCUGAAGUUAAAAGUGUAAAUUAUUCGAAUUUAUUAAUUAAUGAACUGAUUAAUGAAUUUACAAUUAGUUAUGGAGAAACGAAUUCUCAAGCUAAGGAUAACUCAAAUUCUGUUGAUUUCACACUAAACAAGUCAUACAACUUGGUAUACGCAUCGGUUAAGGACUUAACCGUAUUAUUGCUUGAGUUGAGAGAUAUAUUAUCGCAUAGAAUAUGUUACCCUAAAAUUGUUAAGGGAUUGUUCCUACCAUUUUCAGGAGGUACAAAGCAAAUGGUACAGCUAUCGGCUUCAAUUACUAAACUACACGAGAACUUGGUAUUAUUAACAGAAUCUCGCAUUAACACAUACAUUACCAAGUUUAUACUGAGCAAUAAUGAAGUAAAUAGUACAGUAAAGUAUAUUGAGGAGUGUAAUAAGAAGUUAGUGAACAGUGAUGAGAGGAUUAAUUUGACGAACUUGGAAACAGAGUUGAGUAAAGCGAAAAGGAACGAGAAUGAGUUGAAUGAGUUGAGAAUAAAGUACUCAAAUGUACAAGAACAACUUUCACUGGAAACUCUCAACGCUAAUAAUUAUCUCAAUGAACUCAACUCACUCAAGAAAACUGACCACAUUCAAACCAUUUGCACCAAUCUAUUCAAUGAAACUUUCAAUAAAUAUACCAUCAACACCACAGGUACGGAUGAGAGUGUGAAUGAAGAAUUAAUGCUGAGUAAUUCAAAGAUAAACAAGUUAACAAAUAAUAUAAAAUAUUUAAUAAAAAUGGUGAAUAACUUGGAAGAUACUAAUAAUCAGCUCAAGUUGGCAUUACAGGUGAAUAAGGACCAGUACAAACAGGCAAAGGAGAAUGAAGACUCAAUACAUAGGAAUUACAAUGAACAACUUGUUUUGAUGAGUGAACAUAUAACAGAAUUAAACAACGCAAUACUAGCCAGUGAAUAUAAAAUCGCAGAAUUAACACAAACCAAAGUCUCCUGUCCAUCGUGCGGUUUCAAUAAUACUCUAGGUUCAAUGAUGGGAGUGGAUGAUAAAGGACGUUGUUCAUCUUGUAGAUCGUAUUUAUUUAAUGUUGGUAUGAAAAAACCAGAUUUUGAUGUAAAAAAGGUAGUCAAUGAAGAAUGUGUUAAGAGAUGUGUCGAGUUUAUACCAAAAUUUAAAGAAUCAACGUUAAAAGUGGAAUCGGAUAUAAAAGAAGGAAAAUUAGAUUUUCUAGACUCAAACCUAAAAUUAUACAAAGAAAAUGAUAGUAAUAUUAAAUUAGUUGAGGAAUCCGAAGAUUUGGAAGAUUCCGAACAAUCAAUAGUACUAGAUGUUGGACUAGGAGUAUUUGAUGUAAAGGGCAAAACACCCUCUGAAAAAACCUUAAAAGAGGCUGGAGUCUCAGUGGUAGAUGUUAAGGAAGAUUUACAGGCUAAAAAUGAAGAAGUGCUAAUUUCAGAAGUAAAAACUAGAAAAUAUACAAAAUAG